GAUGUACACCACACACACAUAUCACUGAUUAAAACAGAAACUGAUUUGGGUUUGACUCAAAUUGGGGAUCUUUCUAAGACCGAGAACCUAGACAGUACAGAUCUGGGGUAUAUAACCAAUCUGCACCCUGACCAAAUCAAAACAGAGGCUGAUAAUGGAGGAUACUUGAAGCCAGAACAAAUCAGUGACUUGGAGGAUAUUAAAUGUGUUCUUAUUGAAUCUGAUCAAAUGAAGUGUGAAUCCAGUGAAAAUAUAGUGAGGGAUGUCAUGAACACUGUGAUCCCUGGAGCUGGUGUUGAUCACAAAGACCAGACUGAACCAUUUCAAUGUGCUGGAGAGCCAAAUCAAAACUAUAAAAGUAGCCACCUCAGAAUUCAUACAGGUGAAAAGCCCUACAAAUGUAUUAAUUGUAGGAAAUGUUUUCAUAGAAAUUCUGCUCUAAAUGAACAUCUGAAAAUUCAUUCCGGUGAACUGGCGUACAAGUGUACACAGUGUGACAAAUGUUUUGGCACAAAUUCUGCUUUAAAGAAACACCUUAGAAUUCAUACAGGUGAAAAGCCGUACAGAUGUACUCAAUGCGGUAAGUGUUUUACUACAAGUUCUGAUUUAAAUAAACACCUGAGAAUUCAUACAGGUGAAAAGCCCUACAAAUGUACUCAAUGUGGGAAGUGUUUUUCCCAAGCAAGUGCUUUAACUUGCCACCAGAGAAUUCAUACAGGUGAAAAGCCCUACAAAUGUACUUGGUGCCGGAAGUGUUUUUCCCAGGAAAGUGCUUUAAAUUGCCACAAGAUGAUUCAUAAAGGCGACAGUCCUAACAAAUGUCCUCAUUGUGGGAAGAGCUUUUCCAGAAUGUCUAAUUUAAGUAGGCACCUGAGAAUUCAUACAGGUGAAAAUCCCUACAAGUGUACACAGUGUGGGAAGUGCUUUUCCACAUUAUCUAAUUUAAGCAGCCAUCUGAGAAUACAUACAGGUGAAAAGCCCUACAGGUGUACUCAGUGUGGGAAGUGCUUUUCCCAAAUGUGUCAUUUAAAUAGCCACCAGAGAAUUCAUACAGGUGAAAAGCCUUACAAAUGUAGUCAGUGUGGGAAGUGUUUUUCCCAAUCAAGUGCUUUAAGUUGCCACAAGAUGAUUCAUGCAGAUGAAAAUCCCAACAAAUGUCCUCAGUGUGGGAAGUGCUUUACCACAAAAUCUAAUUUAAAUAUCCACAAGAGAAUUCAUACAGGAGAAAAGCCCUACAAGUGUACUCAGUGUGCCAAGUGCUUUUCCAGAAUAUCUCAUUUGAAUGUUCACCAGAGAAUUCAUUCAGGUGAAAAACCCUACAAGUGCAUUCAGUGUGCAAAGUGUUUUCAUACAAAUUCUGCUUUAAAUGAACAUCUAAGAAUUCAUACAGGUGAACUGCCAUAUAAAUGCACCCAGUGUGGGAAGUGUUUUUCCACAAAAUCUAAUUUAAAUUCACACCUGAAGAUUCAUACAGGUGAAAAGCCCUACAAAUGUAUUCAUUGUGGUAAGUAUUUUAGUACAAAUUCUGCUUUAAAUAAACACCUGAAAGUUCAUACUGAUGAAAUGCCGUACAAGUGUACACAAUGUGACAAGUAUUUUAAUUCAAAAUAUUAUUUCCAUUCUCACCUGAAAAUUCAUAUAGAUGAGCAGACAUACAAGUGUUCAGUGUGAGAAGUGUCUUCAUUCAAAUUGUGCUUUAAAUGUGGAAGUGUCCCUGAGCAAGACACCUAACCCCUAAUUUCUCCCAACGAGCUGAUUGGUACCUUGCAUGGCAGCCUUUCACCAUUGGUGGAGGCUACGUUAAGGUUGACAGUUAAUAUCCAAAAACUGGCAAAACAUCAUGGAAAGCACUAUAAACAGAGGAAAUCGCAGAAAAGGCAAAAGAUUGAUAAUGUCAUGGAAUCUGUGAGACCUGCAACUUCUGUAACAAGCACCCAACCUUACUGAUCAGUAUAUCCCAGUAGCAAUCCCCAUCUUUAUUGUAUGAAAUAAUAUUUUUUAUUAUCAUGCUAUAUUAAUGCAGUGGUGGGGGUAUUUAGCCUGUUUUGUAAUAUUGUGCAAUAUCCGUCCCGUAAAUUACACCCUUGCAUAAGUCAUUUAAAUCACCACCAAAUCUCAGUGAAAAAUCAGAGAAGUGCACCCAGUGUUGGAUCUACUUUUAACUGUACACCUGAGAAAUCAUACAAUCAUUAGAUGUUCUUCAGGUUUAAACUAAAACUCCAUGACCAAAAAAACAAUUCCUUCAGGUGUAUAACCUGACAAAUGUACCCCUGUAGACAGGAAAGCCUCCUUUACAUGAUGCACUGUGCGUGGGACGUGUUUCAGAUGUCUAUGAAAUUUAAAGAACAACCUGAUAAUUCAUCGUAAAAAAAAAAAUCCCUUCAUAUUUUUUUAUAUUUUUUACCCUGGGGGUAUUUCAUGAAGCGGGAUUAUGGAGUUAGCUGGACAUCUACGCUCAUUUGAAUUCCUUGUUAAUGUACAAUAUAUUUCCUUGUCAAUUGCAGGGUGAUAUUUUUAGUGGUGAAAUUGACACCUGUGUAAUUUGUUUGAAAGAAACAAUGUGAGAACUGUUUGGAUGUAAUGUAGAAUGAAACAUUGUAAUGUUUAUUGUAAACUUGUAUUCUGUGAAUUAACUUGAAAUGACUGUCCUUUUCAUUACUGCCAAUGUAGAGGCUGUAAUGGGUAUGUCAGCUGAAGCUGAUCAUUAGACAUCAGAUGGUAUGUUUUUAUCAGAUUCAUCAGUUGAUCUUUGUUCAGCCUUUAUUUUUCAGUGUUGUAUAUGAAUAGUUUUACACUGUGAAUGUCUGCAUAACAAGGCCACGUAAAUUUCUGUAAAAAUU